AUGAUUGAUUUGACAGUGGUGCAGUACCCUAACCAGCAUUGUGCCAACGCAAACGUCAAACAGUCCCUGCUUAUCGACGCUACAUCUUCAACGUCGUCAUCAUUAUCGAUGUUCCAAUCGCCAUCCUCAUCGUCGUCAUCGUCGUCAUCACUACCAUCAUCAGUUUCUUCAUCAUCGUCUUCAUCAUCUUCAUCAUCGAAACCAUCGUGGUCGCCUGAGGGUUAUUUGUCAAGUCACGUGGCAGACGAAACUUCGCAAGGGUCAAGGUUGUGUCCGUGGCAACUUGUGGUCAGCAAAGGUCAGCGAAUCAAUUUGACCUUGUAUGAUUUUGGUGGAGGUGAAGGUGCUGGAGCAGGGGGAACAGGAGUUGGAGCAUGUUUGCUUUAUGGAGUUAUCAAGCCCCCAUCAUAUGUAUUCAAUAAAGUCAUCGUCAGUAAAACCAACAUAUUUACUCUAGUCACCCAUCAAUAA